AAAGCGCCUUCAAAUAUGGCGAUGUCCAGCGAUACCGUGCUGAAUGUUGUUGAGCCACUCCGGGAGUCUUUAACCCCAUUAGGCUUUGAGGUUUAUCCUUUAAAGAUAGGAUGGUACAAUGCAGUUGUCUCUCCAGCCCAUCAGCUGUACUAUUCUGCAGACACACUGGCUCUGGUUGUCUUGAGCACGCCGUCCAUGUUUGAGAAAGUAUUUCUGCCUUUCCUUCAGACGGGCUGCUGCGAAGAUGUCAGAGACCCCAUAGACCAGUGUGUAGCUCAGACCGUCAGAUCCUGUGUUUCUGAGUGUCUCCCUGAGCAGACUGUAGAUAUCAUUUUUGACCAUGAGAUGCUGCCCAACAGAAAGCCCAAGUUUUUGGCUCAGACUGCAGCUCAUGUAGCAGGAGCAGCACGCUACUACCGGCCAUCAGAUGUUCAGGAUCCACCAUGGGGAGAUAAGAAGAUGUUCGGAGUGUGUGUUCAUCCUCGGCUGGGGGGCUGGUUUGCUAUCCGGGCUUUACUUGUACUAAAAGGUGUAGAAGUGGGUGAAGCACUACAGCAGGUUGAUCCGCCUAACUGUGUUAGCUCACGGGAGGCCAAGAUAGAGCUUCUGGAGAGGUUUAACCUUUGCUGGCGUGACUGGACGUACAGAGAUAUCAUACUCGCUGAGGAGAGCUACUCCCCUCAGCAAAGACAGUACUUCAUUACACCUCCAGGCAAGCGGCAGGAGCUGCUAAGGCAGUGGGGCUUUUUAUCUCAAGCUGACUGAUAUACAGACUUCAUAUAGAAGGCGAGGAUAAUGACUUGAGAAGCAUUGCAAUACUUAUGUCACCAAAGCAAAAAUCAAUGCUUCGGAUUCGGUCCAAAUUAAUAGUUGAAGUAAAUGCACAAGCUGUGAAGCAAAUGUGAGUGAAGUCUUCAGUAGCAUUGACAUGUUUGGAAUGUUGUAAUUAAGACAGAUUGACUGUUGAUUAUUAGUAAUACAGUACAUUGGGACCAAGUAUGGAUGGACGAACGAAUAAACAGACAUUUUGAUUCAUGACGCACAUUAUGAUUGAUAACAUGUAAUUUAUUUAACUAAUAAAAACAGUUACACAUUAA